UCAGGCCGGGCAGAGCGGCUCUUUUGCCCGUGGUCGUCGCAGUGUAUUGUGGGGAGUGGCUGAGGAAGUAAAAUGGCGGACCUGGCUAACGAAGAAAAGCCAGCCAUCGCCCCUCCCAUCUUUGUGUUUCAGAAGGAUAAAGCACAGAAGUCCCUUGCAGAGCAAAAAGGGGUGUCGGACUCGGGCGAGGACCCCCCGGGAGAAGCAGAGCCUCCUCGCCGGCCUGCGGGUCACCCCAAGUCACCAGGGGGGUGCAACUUUGAGGCUCCCGCCCCCCCAGGGGCCGAUUCCCGCAUUCUUCCGGUUCGGCCCGGACUGGCGAGGAGGUCAGCAGAUGGGUCGAGUCCAGAAGACGGGGAAGAGUCCGACCGAGAGGAUGGGAGUUACUGCCCCCCCGUCAAGCGCGAAAGGACCUCUUCCCUCACACAGUUCCCGCCUUCGCAGUCAGUGACAAAGAACAAUGUCUUUAUGCCAUCAAGCUUAUGUGAGCCUUCGGCGGGGAACUCCGACUCUGAGCCAGAGGAAAAAAGCACUGGAUUCAGGUUGAAGCCUCCCACUCUCAUCCAUGGCCAGGCGCCCAGCGCAGGGGUCCCCAGCCAGAAACCGAAGGAACAGCAGAGAAGCGUCCUGCGCCCGGCAGUAUUACAAGCCCCCCAGCCAAAGGCUUUCUCGCAAACAGUUCCAAGCAGCGGGACUAACGGCGUAAGUAUCCCUCCGGAUCCCGUGUCCGCCGUGUCGGAAUCUGCAACAAACGCCGUGCCGAAAAGCCCCGACACAGAGGAGAAGGAGUCCAACAGCACCUCGGAGACAGAGAAGGCCGACCAGAACACGCCACAGUCCUUCGUGUUUGGGCAGAACCUAAGGGACCGUGUGAAGCUAGGGGACGAAGCCGACGGAGCCGCUGACGCACAGAACUCCCGGCUCCCCAACUCGGAGGCACCUCUGGCCACAAACUACUUCCUCCAGUACAUCAGCUCCAGCAUAGAAAACUCUACGCACAGCGCCGAGGCCCCCAGCAACAAGUUUGUGUUUGGCCAGAACAUGAGCGAGAGAGUCUUGAGCCCCCCCAAGUCAAGCGAAGCCAGUACAGACAGCAUCAAGGAGAACGCCGGCGGAGAUUCGGGCUCGGAAUCCUCGUCGCAAGAAGCCACUCCCGAGAAAGCCAACAACAUUUCAGAGUCGCUAGCCGAGUCUGCUGCAGCCUACACGAAGGCAACGGCCAGGAGGUGUCUUCUGGAGAAGGUGGAGGUGAUCACGGGGGAAGAAGCCGAGAGCAACGUUCUACAGAUACAAUGCAAGUUGUUUGUCUUUGAUAAGAACUCCCAGUCUUGGGUCGAAAGAGGCCGGGGACUCCUGAGGCUGAACGACAUGGCUUCCACAGACGACGGGACGCUACAGUCGCGCCUUGUGAUGAGAACGCAAGGCAGCCUUCGGCUAAUCCUGAACACCAAACUGUGGGCUCAGAUGCAAAUUGACAAAGCCAGCGAAAAGAGCAUCCGAAUCACAGCGAUGGACACAGAGGACCAAGGAGUCAAGGUCUUCCUUAUAUCGGCCAGCUCCAAAGACACGGGGCAGCUCUACGCGGCCUUGCACCACCGGAUCCUGGCCUUGCGGAGUCGGGUGGAGCAGGAGCAGGAAGCCAGCAGCGCGGCGCCGGAGCCUGAAGUGACCCAGUCCAACGAGGAAGACAGCGACGACGACGUCCUCGCCCCGUCAGGGUCGCCUGGAAGUGGUCCCACCAACGAAGGGGACGGGCAGACGACAGGCGGCACAUAGCAGCCACGAUCCGCGCCGCCGGCAAGAGCCGCCGCCCCCCACCGACACCACCGCCCACUUUACAGACCCCCCCUCUUGCGGGGCGGGGAGGGACGCCCUCCCUCCGACCAGCUCUUGCUCCGGGCAGCGACGGAAGCGAUCGAGAUUGACGAACUCUGCACAUCCCAGUUCUGGUUUUUUUUUUUUUCUUCUUCUUUUCCCCCUUCCUCCCCCAUCGUGCGUUGGACUUUUGGGGGGGGCGGGGCAGGGGGCGGAUCUGUUGAUUCCAUAUUAAAACGAGAAAACG